UUGCAGUAAAGAAGAGAGCCGCUAUAAAUUGGAGGAUUACAGAGAGAUAAUUAACACUGGGGAAACGGUGUGGGAGGAAGAGGAACAUCCCAUUAGGGGGGAAAAAAAUCAAAAACUUCCAUUUUUCUACAAAAUUUAUAAGGGAAUUAUGGGAGUUGAAAUUCGACCAGCCACCAUUAAUGGUGAAAAUCACAAUGACAGUGGAAACAUAGGUGCACCAGUAGUACUUGGACUCCAACCCUUUGCCCUUGUAGACCAUAUAGCUAAGGUGGAUUGGUCUCUUCUCUCCCAAAUUCCUGGCGAACGUGGUGGCUCUUUCCCAGUUGCUGUUGAAGAGUUGAAGCAUAUACUCAACGAGCUUAAUGCCCAUAUCCUUCCUUCUACUGACAAUGAAUCCCUAUUGAAGACCAUAGCUGGAGGUAGUGUUGCAAAUACAAUUAGAGGGUUGGCUGCUGGCUUUGGGAUUAGUAGUGGGAUCAUUGGGGCCUGUGGCGAAGAUGAAGAAGGUAAAUUAUUUAUGAGCAACAUGGGCUUUUACAAAGUGGAUCUCUCAAGAUUGAGAUUGAAGAAUGGAACUACAGCUCAGUGUGUUUGUCUGGUUGACGAAGUUGGCAAUCGUACCAUGCGUCCCUGUUUGUCUGGCUCUGUGAAAGUGCAGGCAGAUGAACUGAAAAGAGAGGACUUCAAAGGUUCCAAGUGGUUGGUAUUGAGAUAUGCCAUACUGAAUGUAGAAGUUAUUAAGGCGGCCAUCAAAAUAGCAAAGGAAGAAGGCCUUUUUGUUUCGCUCGAUCUAGCCAGCUUUGAGAUGGUGAGGAAGUUUAAAUUACCUCUAAUUGAAUUAUUGGAGUCGGGAAACAUAGACCUUUGCUUUGCAAACGAGGAUGAAGCAACUGAGCUGCUAAGGGGUGAAGAGAAAGCAGAUCCCGAUGCAGCACUUGAAUAUAUGGCUAAACAUUGCAAGUGGGCUGUUGUCACCUUAGCCCAAAACGGAUGCAUUGCGAAACAUGAGAAAGAGUUUGUGCGCGUUCCAGCAAUUGGCGAGGCGAAAAUUACUGAUGCUACAGGUGCAGGAGAUCUGUUUGCAAGUGGGUUUUUGUAUGGAUUGGUAAGAGGACUGUCACUGGAGGAAUGUUGUCGGGUAGGUUCUUGCAGUGGUGGUUCUGUGAUUCGAUCUCUUGGGGGUGAGGUAACACCUGAAAACUGGCAAUGGAUGUACAAACAAAUGCAGACCAAGGGACUCCAACUUCCAGAGCCAAGCAAAUCCUUUGUUUUGACAUAGAAGAGUGGCCUUGUUCUGCUGUCACAAGGCUUCUUCAUUAGCCAUCCCACCCCCCCACCCCUAACUCAACAGAAAGAGCAGCGCUGUAUUUUUUUAAGUGCCUACUCCUUGUUAUUUGACUUCUCGCGAAGAAAUGUUGAACGUAAAAGUUCAUAUUGUUUAAUCUGGAUCUUCAUAUUAUUAAUUCAUGUGUCAAGAUUCGGUUUUA